CUAACCCUAACCCAAACCAGAGCAAACACGCGGAGCGGAGCCACACUCCUCCUUUCCCUGACCACAGACCCAGCGAACAUCUCCUCUAUCCCUCUUUCUCUCUCUCUUGGACUCUCUCCUUCCCCUGAAGUGUGUUAUUAUCUGCUGUAACCAUGACGGACCUGAACGUGAUGUUGGCCUACUUCCUGUCGGUCCUGGGUGUGAGCGCGUUCCUGGGCCUACUGCUUAGAAGGAGGGGAGGGCGCUUGGCUGUGCUAGCCGAGCUGCUGGCGGCCUUCUCCUUGGCUGCGUGCCGCCUGGAGGUCCGCAGCAUGGAGGAGCUGGGGGAAUGGGCGGGGGUGGGCCCCGACGUCACGUUCACCGUCCUCUUCCUCACGCUGCUGGCUCACGCCGCCUGCUGGCCUGUUGUCAGCAGCAACCCCUCUGUCAACUUGCUGCACUUCCUGCUCCAGGAGGCUCCUCUGCGGACCACCCUCCUGCGGCUGCUGCUGCAGCUGGCCGGCGCUCACCUGGCCUGGCUGUCGGCCGGGCACUACUGGGCCCUGGAGCUGACCGACAUGCACAUGAUCAAGAGCCUCAUGGGCUCCGAGUGCUCCACCGUGCUCCGCACCUCCCUCCUGCUGGGCAGCGCCACUGAGGCCGUCUGCUCCCUCACCUUUCACCUCCUCCUGCUCGCUCUGCAGCGCCGAUCCGCGCUCCUCCAGGUCCCACUGCUCGCUCUCACCCUGACGCUCCUCUCAUACGCAGCCAGUACCUCCUCCGCAGGCUUUGCCAACCCUUCACUGGCAUAUGCGGUGACCUUCAACUGCCCUGGCUUCUCUUUUCUUCAGUAUGCCAUCGUCUACUGGCUGGGGCCCCUUGUUGGUGUGGUACUGGCUGUGUUCAUCUACAUGGGACACAUUCCGCGGCUUUUCAGCAAGAACCUUCUGUACUCUCAGAGGAGCCGCUUCCGCACCCCAAAGAGGAAAGAGGAAGGAGCAAAGAAGAGCAGCUAGAGGCUGAGAGGAUCCCUAUCCCUAACCCAGGAUCCCUAUCCCUAACCCAGGAUCCCUAACCCUAUCCCAGGAUCCCUAACCCUAUCCCAGAAUCCCUAUCCCUAACCCAGGAUCCCUAUCCCUAACCCAGGAUCCCUAUCCCUAACCCAGGAUCCCUAACCCUAACCCAGGAUCCCUAUCCCUAACCCAGGAUCCCUAACCCUAACCCAGGAUCCCUAUCCCUAUCCCUAACCCAGGAUCCCUAACCCUAACCCAGGAUCCCUAACCCUAUCCCUAACUUAGGAUCUCUAUCCCUAACCCAGGAUCUCUAUCCCUAUCCCUAACCCAGGAUCCCUAACCCUAACCCAGGAUCCCUAACCCUAUCCCUAACCCUAACCCAGGAUCACCAAGCCAUGAUAGCUGUGUUUGGGGUCAUACUGUCAAUGUGUUAGCAGAAUAUGUUUAAGUUUAAAGUUAACGCAUUAGUUCAACAAAAUGCAUGUCCUUUUAGAACUAGAGUCUUAGUAACCCUUUUCAGACUAGUUUUUCAUUACCAUUCAUUUGUAUGUAUUUCGUCAGUUCAAGGAUGGCUUCAAAAGUAUUCUAAACUUAAUAAAAAUGUAAGUACAUGAUG